AGAAGAAGAAGCGCUAACGUUGUAGAAAUUUGACCGUCCUCUAAGCAGCGUUUCCAGUCGCCCUUCAACACGAACAGGCUCCUCUUCUUCCCCAAAACAGACGCCAGCCUAGAAAUUAAAAAUGGCAGCGACGAUUGCAAGGAAAGCUAUUGACCACCUGAAGAGCAAAGAGUUCAGAGACUAUUUGAUGAGCACGCAUUUCUGGGGUCCUGUAGCAAACUGGGGUCUUCCUAUAGCCGCUAUCUCAGAUAUGAAGAAAAGCCCUGAAAUUAUCAGUGGCAGGAUGACCUUUGCUCUGUGCUGCUAUUCACUGCUCUUCAUGAGAUUCGCUUACAAGGUUCAACCACGCAACUGGCUACUGUUUGCUUGCCACUUGACCAAUGAGUCAGCACAGUUAGUCCAAGCCAGUCGUCUCAUCAAAUACAAAAUGGAAAAGAAGACAGAAUCUUAGUGGCAAAGUAAAUCAGCUACAGAGUUGGACACUUUGCUGCUACAUCAGCCACCAGUCCUCUAAACCUGGAUGUAAAAGCCCAUACAUCUAUACAUUUUAAAUAAUGAUUAAUAAACAGGACACGUACACAAUUUUUUUACACUCAUUAUCAUGGAUUAGCUUCAUGAAGUUUCAGGAAAAAGCCUAAAAAAAGACCUAGAAAACAUUAGUACACAUUUGUCUUUUUUUUAACUUUUACUAUGUCCAACAUGACACAAAGCAAAUUAAUGUGUGUGAAUGUUCACUCAAUGACAAACCUGACUGUUGCCUUGCACACUGACUUCACAGGCUGUUUCACUUUAGGAUCAGCAAAUAUCUUUGUCUCCUCACCUCAGUCAGCAGCAUUAAUAUUUUUAUUACUCACCAACUUGCUAUGAACUGAAACUUGUGUUAAUUAUAUUUUAUAGAGAAUUAAGCCUAACUGACAUCAGUCUGAAUGGCUAAACAUAUGGACACCACCACUUAAAUGCAGGGCUAAGCUGUCUGGCUGCAAGAUAAUACGCAGUACAGUAAAGUCAAAGUGCAUUUAUAUAUUACGACUGUACAGGGGAAGUCAUACAUUCUGUGUCUGUUGUUUUUGUAGUAAAGUUGCCUCCAUUGUAAAUGAGUAUAAUUAGGCUGAGACUGUAAAUGUUACAAUCCCACAUGACUGGGCAAGACAAGCUGUUUCUGUCAGUGCUGACAAACUGUUUGCUGUAAAGAGUCAUUUUUAAUAAUUUAUUGCAACUUUCCGGGUUAUUGUUUUGGUUUUCUGGCUUUGCUAAAAUAAACAGAUUACAACCAGCACAAACACA